AUGCGGCAAUAUAAACGAUUAACAUUGUUAAUAUUAACAGCAUUGGUUUCUCUCAAUGAAGCUACAACUACACAUCCACCUCCAGAAUUUUCGAUUCCAGACAAUGCAGGACUUGACCUUGUAAACAUGCUCAUCGGAAAUGGAGGGGAUACACCUAACGGAUCAGGUGGAAUGAUACCCAGUACCGCACCACCAUUUGGAAUGACUCGUUGGGUCGCGCAGACGCAACCGCAUUACGUUUCUGCCACGCCUUACAACUGGACGCUGAACAAGGUGAUGGGUGUGGUUGGGACACGCCAACCUGCCAUCUGGAUGGGGGAGAGCGCUCCCAUUAGCGUCGUUCCAGGAGUCGGUCCGAAUGUCGUUGUGGACUUUGAAGAGCGUGGUCUUGAGGUUCUUCGAGGGAGUGACGGUCAGAAGAAUGAGGUUGUGAGCUCAGGGUAUUACAGUGUCGAGUUGGAUGAUGGACACGGGGGGAGCAUUACGAUAGAACAGACAGCAACCUCGAGGGUGGCACACCUUAGGUUUACGUUUGACUCCACGCUAUCGCCCUACGUCCUCUUCGAGGUGUCCAGGCCCUCUGUAAUUACCUCGACUCCGACAAAUAUAACGUUCCCAAUUGGAAGCGUGUCGAUCCCGGAUGACUUGGAAGUUUGUGGAUGGUCAGAUGAACGGGAAGAUAGUAUCAUCGCACCCAUUUCCACAGCACCCUUUUCAAAACAUUUCAAAGGCUAUUUUUGUGCUCGAUUCGAUAAAGGAACACCUAAACCGAUCUAUGGGGUUAUUCAAAAUGAUACCGUCUCGUUUCCGCACCCACAACACAAGGUUUCUCAAGGACCCUUGCUCAGCGCAUAUGCCCAAUUCCCUCAAUCAAAGACAAAAACUGUGAUUACUAUGCGUGUCGGAACAUCGUUUAUCUCUGAAGACCAGGCGCGUAAAAACAUCGACGCAGAAAUUCCUGAUUCCUCCCCUUCUUCAGCUGCGGACGCCCAUCUUAUUCCUGGCACCUUCCAAAACACUGCAUUCCAAGUACGAAAGUCUUGGGCUGAUAUACUGAGCCGCGUAGACCUUAAAGUAUAUAUUGACGAAAAUUCCAACAAAGGAUCUCCUCGGGAUUUUGUUGACCAGCAAGCCUUCUGGACCGCUAUCGUCCACACACUUCAGUACCCUACUGAACAACAUGAACAAGGCCAGUACUAUUCCGGAUACGAUAAUGCGGUCCACGUACUCGAAGAGGGCGGGGAAUCAUAUACCGGCUACUCAAUCUGGGACACAUUCCGUGCGGAAUGGGCAUGGCAAAUCUUAUUUGUACCUGAUCGCAUUCCAGGCUUUGUCCAAAGCAUGUUGGCAGAUUACCAAGAGAGCGGGUGGUUACCCAUGUGGAAAAAUAUAGUCGAGACUAACAUAAUGGUCGGCACGCAUGCAGAUUCUCUCGUAGCCGAAGCCGUCUUGAAAAAUAUCACUGGGUUUGACCGAGAACUGGCUUGGGAGGCGGUUUGGAAGGACGCAACCGUCCCUCCGGAAAACGAUUUGACAACGGUGUACGCUGAUCGGGAGGAGCACGUCGAUUACGAAGUCCGAGCCGGUCUUUCAUCUUCAUACGCCCAGAACGGAUGGGUGGCAGAUGACAUUCAUUCAGAAAGUGCAUCUCGGACAUUAGACUACGCGUACGAUGAUUAUGCUGCCUACGUCCUCGCGCGGGAGCUCGGCAAACCAGAGAAUGUGACAAACUUUCUUUUGGAGAGGGCAAUGCGCGCACCGUUCACUUUGUUCAACGAUGCGACUGGGUUUAUGGAAGCGCGCAAUGCUGAUGGAAGCUGGGCCGGCGAUGAUAAUGGUUGGACUGAAGGUGACAAGUGGGCGUAUUCGUUUGAUGUCGUCCAUGACAUCCCUACCCUUAUCGAGCGCAGGGGAGGAAAUGUGAAGUUUGUGCAGAGCCUGGAUGAUCAUUUUAAUGGCGGACACAAUGACCAUAGUAAUGAGCCAUCGCAUCACAUACCUUAUCUAUACGCUCUCGCUGGUGCUGCGUACAAAACCCAGGAGAAGGUCAGGGAAAUUGCCGUGGCCAACUAUAAUAACACACCUGAGGGUUUGUCUGGGAACGAAGACUGUGGCCAAAUGAGCGCCUGGUACAUCUUUAGCGCGAUGGGCUUCUAUCCCGUAAACCCGGUGUCAGGAGAAUACGUGGUCGGAUCCCCGUUCUUUGAGCGAAUCACUAUCGACCUCAACAGCCCGGCUAGUUCCUCUCAGUUGUCCCCCAAGUUGCUGACCGUCACAGCCAUAGGUGCUAGGACAAAGCAAUACAUCAAGUCGCUAAAGAUCAACGGCGUGGAUGUGGACCAGCCCAUAAUCAAACACGAACAAAUCGCUCAGGGUGCAGAUAUAGUAUUUGAGAUGAGUGACGAAAUCCAGGGUUGGGGAAACAACGAAGCCAUAUUGAAGGCAUUUGGUGUCGGAAAUGAGACGAGCGGUGCACCACACGAGAAGGUGAGCAUACCGGGCGACUCUGAGCCUAGCUCUGAGAGGAACGCUGAUGCUUCGCUCCGCGAUGAGCUGUAA